AACACCCGCUCUGAAGCUGACGCUAUAUAUAAUCCAAUAAAUCGAAAGUUUCCAGCCACGUUCAACUUCGUCGGAGCCUAAUACCAGCGAUAACUAAACCGAGAAAUGAGUUUUCUUGCAGGAAGGCUAGCAGGAAAAGAAGCGGCCUACUUUUUCCAGGAAUCCAAACACGCCGUUAACCGCCUGGCGGAGAAAUCCACCACCAAGCUGCCUUCGUCUUCACCCUCAGCAGCAGGUGAGCACGACGCUCAAGCAGACGUGCUUCCGGAGGUGCUGAGGCAUUCUCUGCCUUCCAAGAUCUUCGGGCGCCCGCCCGACCCAUCUUCUCUCUCUACAGCCUCCAAAUGGGUUCUUCCCUCCGACACUAAAGCUACCUCCACUGUCUCACCCGAUGCCAUGAAUCCUCUCAGAGCUUAUCUGUCUUUGCCACAGGUCACCUUUGGCCCCAAAAGGUGGGCAUUGCCCAAUCAAGAGAAUUCAGUCAUAGCAUCGACGGCUAAUGAAUUGCGGAAAGAUAAAUAUACUCCUUUGAAUCCUGAGAAAUUGAAGGCCGCUGCUGAAGGACUCCAACAAAUUGGAAAAGCAUUUGCAGUGGCUACUGUAAUUAUGUUUGGUGGAGCCACUUUGAUAUUUGGGAUGGCAGUCUCUAAACUAGAUAUCCACAAUAAUGAUGAUAUUCAAGCUAAAGGAAGGGACUUGGUUCAGCCCAAACUUGGGAUGAUUAGGGAGCAACUAUCUCCCUUAAAAUCUUGGGCUGAGAAGACAUCAGAGAAAUGGCAUCUGAACAGGGAGGAAGAUAUCAAGGAGAAGCCUCUCAUAAAGGAGUUGUCUAGGAUUUUAGGUGCAAAAACAUCCAGCUGAAAUGAGAAUUCAUGUAGUUUUGCUUUUGUAUGUAAAUAUUGUUGGGUGGUUGUAUUGAUGGUUUGUAGCCUAGAAAGCUUGGAAAGUGAAAGGGGAAUUAUGGAAUUGAAUAAUGUAGAGCAGUUGAUUAUUUGACAAAUAGACUAUAUGUAAGGGGACAUGAAUUCUAUUUCGAGUUACAUAUAGUGCAGAAAGCUUUUUUCA